AUGCCUGCACCUGGAGUACUCUCAAGACGGCCAAUACUAAACCUGCCCUUACAAUUAUCAUUUCGCUCCGCCCACAAUGGAAAAUUGGUACAGAGACACCUAUCUACCUACCGUCGCCUCAAGCAGCGAUUUAGGGUUAAGCCCGACAUAUCUUUUGGUCAAAAUGCCGUACAAGAGGGCUGCAUUAUUUAUAAUCCUCCCUCAAGUUCGCCUUCUGUCUACCGCACACCUACUAAAUUUCUUCCUUCUCAUGAUGCACGACGGCAGUUACGUGUGGACUCUAGCCUCAAUGUGCCAACCACUACCGGCAACCUUCCCCAUGUUUUCAAACCAUCGCAGAAUAAGAAAACCUUAACAGCAAAGCAUAUUGAGGAUAUGCGCCAGCUACGACUCGAAGAUCCAGUUACUUGGAGUCGGGGAAAAUUGGCCAAACGCUUCGGGUGCAACUCUCUUUUUGUUGGAAUGGUGUGCGAAGCUAGCCUCGAAAAGAAAGCAAUUCAGCGACAAGUACUUGAAGCUGUUAGAUCGCGCUGGGGCACUAGACGAGCAGUUGCUAGAGAAGAUCGUGAAUUACGGAAGGAAGUUUGGGCGAGAGAUCGUUGA